AUUUCUCCAAUGCUGCUACAGAAUGGGACUUUUUGCUUGACUGUGUGGAAACUCGUGGGUUCUCCAAGUCGUAAAGAGUUAAGAACAUAGAUGGAAUGUCUGGGGAAUGUUGGCAGGGAAGGCUGCAGCUCUCUGCUCUUAGCUUUCUUACCCUGGAGGGGAUCCCGGCACUCGGUGAUGCUUCUGGGUCUGAGGUCUUCCCUAAGUUCCGUUUGAUCUGCUGAAAAGCCAGCCUCAGUCCACUGAGAAACAAGGAUGUGCCGUUAUCCAAGCACUGAAGUUUAUUUUUACCUUGUCCCUGGUGAGUCCCCAGAGACAGGGAGAAAACAUUUUAGGAGGGAGUUAGGAGCCUUUUGCUUAUCCUUGAAGGAAAGCAGUCUCUGAGGAUUAGUGAGGGUGGUGAGGGUAGGUAGGGGGAGGAGAGCCAGAGGAAUCAGAGUUAUUUGGACAGCAUUUUUUCCUUGCCUGAUUAAAUCUCACUGACAUUGGCACUUUGUGUCACUAAAAGAACACAGCUCUGGAUGUGGGGCCAGGGACCAGAGGGGUGGCAGCAGAUUCUGGGGCUGGCAUGGCCGCUGGGCUGCUUAGCUCUGAGGACCUGCCGUGGAGCUGGAACCUGACUUGCCGGGCGCUGAGGACCUGCCAAGCGGGGAACCUUCGAGUUCUGCAGCUGAUGCUAAAACCAUGGUGCAUCUCCAGGGCCGUCUAUCAGAUGACGGAGGGCCGCCGAUGUCAAGUACAUCUUCUUGAUGACAGGAAGCUGGAACUCCUAGUGCAGCCCAAGCUGUUGGCCAAGGAGCUUCUUGACCUCGUGGCUUCUCACUUUAAUCUGAAGGAAAAGGAGUAUUUUGGAAUAGCGUUCACGGAUGAAACGGGACACUUAAACUGGCUUCAACUAGAUCGAAGAGUAUUGGAACACGACUUCCCUAAAAAGUCAGGACCCGUGGUUCUAUACUUUUGUGUCAGAUUCUAUAUAGAAAGCAUUUCGUACCUGAAGGAUAAUGCUACCAUUGAGCUUUUCUUUCUGAAUGCAAAGUCCUGCAUCUACAAGGAGCUCAUUGACGUUGACAGUGAAGUGGUGUUUGAAUUAGCUUCCUAUAUUUUACAGGAGGCAAAGGGAGACUUUUCUAGCAAUGAAGUCGUGAGGAGUGACUUGAAGAAGCUGCCAGCCCUGCCCACCCAAGCCCUGAAGGAGCACCCUUCCCUGGCCUACUGUGAAGACAGAGUCAUUGAGCACUACAAGAAACUGAAUGGUCAGACACGAGGUCAAGCGAUCGUGAACUACAUGAGCAUCGUGGAAUCUCUCCCAACCUACGGGGUUCACUAUUAUGCAGUGAAGGACAAGCAGGGCAUACCAUGGUGGCUGGGCCUGAGCUACAAGGGGAUCUUCCAGUAUGACUACCACGAUAAAGUGAAGCCGAGGAAGAUAUUCCAAUGGAGACAGCUGGAAAACCUGUAUUUCAGAGAAAAGAAGUUUUCCGUGGAAGUUCAUGACCCACGCAGGGCUUCAGUGACAAGGAGGACGUUUGGGCACAGCGGCAUUGCGGUGCACACGUGGUAUGCAUGUCCGGCAUUGAUCAAGUCCAUCUGGGCUAUGGCCAUAAGCCAACACCAGUUCUAUUUGGACAGAAAGCAGAGUAAGUCCAAAAUCCAUGCGGCACGCAGUCUGAGUGAGAUCGCCAUCGACCUGACCGAGACGGGGACGCUGAAGACCUCCAAGCUAGCCAACAUGGGCAGCAAGGGGAAGAUCAUCAGUGGCAGCAGUGGCAGUUUGCUGUCCUCAGGUUCUCAGGAAUCGGAUAGCUCGCAGUCGGCCAAGAAGGACAUGCUGGCUGCCUUGAAGUCCAGGCAGGAAGCUCUGGAGGAAACCCUGCGUCAGAGGCUGGAGGAACUGAAGAAGCUGUGUCUCCGAGAAGCGGAGCUCACCGGCAAGCUGCCAGUUGAAUAUCCCCUAGAUCCAGGGGAGGAACCACCCAUUGUCCGGAGAAGAAUAGGAACAGCGUUCAAGCUGGAUGAACAGAAAAUCCUGCCCAAAGGAGAGGAAGCUGAGCUGGAACGCCUGGAGCGAGAGUUCGCCAUUCAGUCCCAGAUCACAGAGGCUGCCCGCCGCCUAGCCAGUGAUCCCAACGUCAGCAAAAAACUGAAGAAACAAAGAAAAACUUCCUAUCUGAAUGCACUGAAGAAACUGCAGGAGAUUGAAAAUGCAAUCAACGAGAAUCGCAUCAAGUCUGGGAAGAAACCCACCCAGAGGGCUUCACUGAUUAUAGACGAUGGAAACAUUGCCAGUGAAGACAGCUCCCUCUCAGAUGCCCUUGUUCUUGAGGAUGAAGACUCUCAGGUUACCAGCACAAUAUCCCCCCUACAUUCUCCUCACAAGGGACUCCCUCCUCGGCCACCCUCGCACAACAGGCCCCCUCCUCCCCAGUCCCUGGACGGACUCCGGCAGAUGCACUGUCACCGCAAUGACUAUGACAAGUCCCCCAUCAAGCCCAAGAUGUGGAGUGAGUCCUCUUUAGAUGAGCCCUAUGAGAAGGUCAAGAAACGCUCCUCUCACAGCCAUUCCAGCAGCCACAAGCGCUUCCCUAGCACAGGAAGCUGUGCAGAAGCAGGUGGAGGAAGCAACUCCUUGCAGAACAGCCCCAUCCGUGGCCUCCCACACUGGAACUCACAGUCCAGCAUGCCGUCCACGCCAGACCUGCGGGUCAGGAGUCCCCACUACGUCCAUUCCACGAGGUCGGUGGACAUCAGCCCCACGCGACUGCACAGCCUCGCAUUGCACUUUAGGCACCGGAGCUCCAGCCUGGAGUCCCAGGGCAAGCUCCUGGGCUCGGAGAACGACACCGGGAGCCCCGACUUCUACACCCCGCGGACUCGUAGCAGCAAUGGCUCGGACCCCAUGGACGACUGCUCGUCAUGCACCAGCCACUCGAGCUCGGAGCACUACUACCCAGCGCAGAUGAACGCCAACUACUCCACGCUGGCCGAGGACUCGCCGUCCAAGGCGCGCCAGAGGCAGCGGCAGCGACAGCGGGCGGCGGGCGCGCUGGGCUCAGCCAGCUCGGGCAGCAUGCCCAACCUGGCUGCGCGCGGGGGCGCAGGGGGCGCAGGGGGCGCGGGGGGCGGCGUGUAUCUGCACAGCCAGAGCCAGCCCAGCUCGCAGUACCGCAUCAAGGAGUACCCGCUGUACAUCGAGGGCGGCGCCACGCCCGUGGUGGUACGCAGCCUGGAGAGCGACCAGGAGGGCCACUACAGCGUCAAGGCCCAGUUCAAGACCUCCAACUCCUACACGGCGGGCGGCCUGUUCAAGGAGAGCUGGCGCGGCGGCGGCAGCGGCGGUGACGAGGGCGACGCGGGCCGCCUGACGCCAUCGCGAUCGCAGAUCCUGCGGACUCCGUCGCUGGGCCGCGAGGGCUCCCACGACAAGGGCGCGGGCCGCGCCGCGGUGUCGGACGAGCUGCGCCAGUGGUACCAGCGUUCCACCGCCUCACACAAGGAGCACAGUCGCCUGUCGCACACCAGCUCCACCUCCUCGGACAGCGGCUCGCAGUACAGCACCUCCUCCCAGAGCACCUUCGUGGCGCACAGCAGGGUCACCAGGAUGCCCCAGAUGUGCAAGGCCACAUCAGCUGCCUUACCUCAAAGCCAGAGAAGCUCAACACCCUCAAGUGAAAUUGGAGCCACGCCCCCAAGUAGCCCCCACCACAUCCUAACCUGGCAGACUGGAGAAGCAACAGAAAACUCACCCAUUCUGGAUGGGUCUGAGUCUCCACCUCACCAAAGUACUGAUGAAUAGAGGAGCUACAGUGAUAGCUGUUUCCUGGAUUCCUCCCUCUAUCCAGAACUAGCUGACGUCCAGUGGUACGGGCAGGAAAAAGCCAAGCCCGGAACCCUCGUGUGAGCCAGCCCGGCCUAAUCUGACCGCCUCGACGCCAUUCUGAGAUCACCUCACUGCCUCUCAUUUGCCUUACCCAGACGCACGUCACCCUGCACCAGCUUCGGCCCUCAGCACUUUUUUUCUCCUGUCUCCACAUUCCCUCCCCUUUGAAAACUUGACUGAGGAGACAUUCUGGAAGGUUCCGGUCCCACUGUGUGUCCCCUGGCUCUCUUGCCCAUAGAGAGCCAGACACCAAUCCUCAAUGGCACCUUGGUGGCUUCCCCCUGCCAUGACAGCCCCUAAGCCAGGAACCGUCAAGGGGGCCGGCUAGCAUCCAAUUCCUGCAGACAAGUAGUGCUGGGAGAGAACCGGAAAGGGGACUUGAGUUACAGGGUGACCCAGAAAGACGACUCAGCUGUGUCCAGCCUGCCACCCACAGGCCAACCAAGCACUUCACCAAGAGGAGGCCUUGUGGCAUAUUCAGUUUACACCUGAAAGACUCCUUGAUGAGACAGCUUGUGGGGAGCGGCUGAGGGGGAGGGAGGAUAAGCAAGCAAGCUCUCGACACCAGAGACGCAUCGGAGGACCACGAUCAGUUCUGUGCUGCCAAAGAUUAACAAAAACACAAAAAAAUUAAGAGGGGCCAAGAGGAAGACAUUCUUUCUGCAAGGAAAUUGCUUUUAAAUUCUGAACUGCUACUACACACAAGUGAAGGUCAGCCCUGUGUACACUGGUGUCCUCUCUCCAGCCUGCUCCCUUCAUAGUCCACUUCUCUCUCCGUAGAAAGCCUGAGAAACUAACCCAAUGCAACGGUGAAGACGAGGGAGUCUGGGCUGGCAUUGCUGAUUCACAGUCGCCAUCCAUCUGGACACGAAGAGAGACCCGCGGGAGUCGUGGAGGAUACCCUUAGCCCCAGUCCAAGCAGGGGGUUCAGCCAAGCCCAAGACUCAAAGCUGCUUUCCUUUCAGGAUCUGUAGUAAACGUAAGGUGACAAUGGCCAAAAGUGGUUCUCUCCCAUUAAAACAACCAGUAAAAGCAUAUCCUGUUUUUUUGCACAAGGUGUUUCAUUUUCUUUUUUUAUGGGAAACCAAGGGAAAAGCACAUUGCGACCCAUUCAGUGUUUAACUGUCGUGGCUCAUAUUCUGUUUGUUAGCACUUGUGUGACAAAAAAGCUCAGAUCCGACUUCUCCUGUGUGUCACUUACUCCAAGAACCCAACGAUGCCCGUAGGUAGAAAGAUUUGACUCACGUGUCUACUAGCCAACAGGCAGAGCAGGGGUGAAAAAAACAAGAGCAGCUCCCAAAGGGCCCAUGUGUCUACAUCAUCAGUUACCGUCACGCACCACAGUUGUGUGCAGACGCCAAAAGAGGAGGAAAGAGGAAGAAAAGUUAACGUGUGGGAGCUGCACGUUUACAUGUGUUUUGAGCUAUGCUUCAAACACAACUGGAAAGCCAUCAAUCUUCAAAGGCCUCAAAAAUGCUUUUAUAAUAACAAGUGCACAACCUUAGUUGGGUUAUUUAAGAUGGCACAAAAAGGUGGUAUGCUGUGCUUUUGGCGCAAGUGGUGGGGGGUGGGGGGGUGGUCAUUUUUCUCUAAUGACUUCCUAUUGAAAAGGCAUUUGACUGCCAGGGACAGGAGCCGGAGGGGGUAGUUUUGUGGGAAAGCAGAACUGAAGUUAGCUUUAACAUCAAAGGAACAGAAAAAUCUUUGUUUUUCAUGUAUGUGGAAUCCAAGAAUAACCAUAGGCUCUACCAGACCAGGAGGGUAAGGAUAGACAUUAAGACAGAAUAAAUACUCACGGUGUUCCUCUGCUGCAGUCUGGAGACCACCGAGAGUUGGGCUGGGGCACUCACACCUGGCUGGGGCCUGCCCAGGACAAGGCCGGCCGUGGCCGCCUCCACGUCUCUGUAGAUGAUUCAGGGCCUGCUUUUCCCAGCUCUAUGCAUGGCUGGACUGGUGAGUGCAGCUUGCAGAAGGGAUCAGUAUUCCCAGGACACUUUAGGUGUCCACCUGCAGGAUAAACAGAAACCGGUUAUGAUAUUAUUAAAUGAUUCUAGGGAUUCACUGGGGGAUAUUUUUGCUGCUUUUAUUUUCAUGGUCAGAGCUACAAAGAGCAGGGAUUUUUCUCCCUUUCGCAUUCAGAAACAUUACACAUUGGGCCGUUUUUCUUUCUCUCAAAGAUGAUACAUGAAUAAUCAGACUGAACUGUGUGCAAGAGGAAAAGUCAAAAGGGUAACAGAAAGUGAUGAGGUUACAUGUUACAGGUUCCACACCAUGCCCAGUAGCAUGAAAUCUAGUCUGGAGAAAACCGCAUCAAGAGUCUAACCCAGUUGAGAAGCAAGGGAUGAGACGCAAAAAGUCUACAAACUUGGGUUAUGUUUUCAAUUUGGGGGACAGAGAAAAACGGGGUGGAGCAGGAAUUACAGUUCUAGCAAACGUCAUGAUAGUCUGGUAGUCACGACAGAGAUUAAGUCAAACAGGUUUUACUGUUUCGCUGAGUUCAGUUAAUACAAAAUGUACAUAAAGUGUUAGUCCUUUGAGGCUGACAUGAUUAAUGAUCAGUGUGGUGGGAAAUGAUGUAGUUAUUGUACACACACACUUGCAAACUCUUUAUAUAUCCCUAUUUCUUUAAAACAAAAGGUGAAAUGCAAAGUCCCUGGUCUGAUAUAAAGCCCCUACUGGAUUCUUCGGAUGCGUAUAAGAAAUUGCCUAUUUCAGCCAGAAGACUGGUGCAAACACAUACAUCAGACUAUGUUGUGAGCCAGGUUGAUUUUUUAUUUUAUUAUAUGCAGGUGAGUGUUGAAUCUGUUAAAAUUCCAAUUUGUUUUCAUUCAGUAUUUAGUUCUAAAUAUAGCAAACCCCAUCCAGGUGCUAUCAGACGACCAGUUACUGCUUAGUUAACUAGGUGUAAAGUUUUACAUAUACAUUCAUGUCAAUAGUUUAUUACGAGUUGUGUAAAAUGGACUCUAGUUUAAUAACGGGGGGGAAAGAGAUUAGGUUGCUCCUGAAACUGACUGUAGAGCAUGUAAAAUGAUUUUACUGGAUUCUGUUCAACUGUAAUCAAUGAAAAAGAUGUACGUUGUAGACAAAGUUGCAGAAUUAAAAAAGAAAUCUGCUUUUAAUUUAUUCUUUUUGUAUUAAGAAUUUGUAUAGUACCUUUACAUUUUGCAAAACAGUGUUGUCAACACUUAUUAAAGCAUUUUCAAAAUGAAAAGA